AUGGCACCCUCAACUCAUUUCAAGCUUAACAACGGCACUCAGAUCCCCGCCGUUGGACUUGGCACUUGGAGAUCCGAACCUGGUCAGGUCCGCCAAGCAGUCUCAUUCGCACUCAAGAAUGGAUAUAGUCACAUUGACGCAGCAUUGAUCUACGGAAACGAACACGAAGUCGGCCAGGGCAUCAAGGACAGCGGUGUUCCUCGCGAAAAGAUCUUCAUCACCAGCAAGCUGUGGAACACUCACCAGAACAAUGUUGCGGAAGGCCUCCAAAAGACACUUGAGGCUUUGGGCACGGAUUACCUCGAUCUCUACCUCAUCCACUGGCCAGUCCGCCUUGUCCCUAACGAAUCAAGCGCACUUCUACCAGUCAAUCCCGAUGGAACACGAUCUGUCGACCGAUCCUGGGACCAGAAUGAAACCUGGCGCCAGAUGGAGGAGGUAUACAAGGCCGGCAAGGUGAAUGCAAUUGGAGUGGCCAACUGGUCAAUUCCCUAUCUAGAGGAGCUGAAGAAGAAGUGGACUGUUGUCCCUGCUGUCAACCAAGUCGAACUACACCCUUUCCUUCCUCAGCAUGCACUGAAGGACUGGUGUGAUAAAAAUGGAAUUCUCCUCGAAGCUUACUCGCCACUUGGUUCCGAAGGCGCUCCCCUCAUGGCCAAUCCCGCAAUUCAAGAAAUCGCCAAGAAGAACGAUGUUUCAGCCGCCGCUGUACUCAUCAGUUACCAUGUGAACAGGGGAGUCGUCGUACUGCCCAAGUCUAUUAAAGAAAGCCGGAUUGUGAGCAACAGCCAGAUUAUUUCUCUCUCUAGUGAGGAUAUGGAUGUGUUGAAUGGCCUGGCUGCACAAGGAAAGGCGAAGCGCAUCAAUACGCCUCUGUUCGGAUGGGAUCUUGGUUUUGAGGACUGGUACAAGCAGUAG